UAUUACAUUUAUUGAGCAAAUGUGGAUGUAACUUAGGAGCCAUGACAGUCAUACAAACGCAACGGUUUAGGGGGGAGGAUGAGUUACUAGUGCUACCUGUCUCUCAUGAUGUGAGACGAGCUUCAGUCAAACUACCAGAGAUAUCUUCAGCUACCAGCAAACUGGUGUGUAUGGACAAGAUGAUAAGUGGUAAACGCCCAGAACCCGCCCCAAACCAGCGCAUACUCUGUACCUCCCUCCACUAUAUAGCCUCCCUAAUAGCAAUCAGAACUGGCUUUAUCAUCAAGAUAAUAGAGAAGGAGAACAUCGGCAACAGCACUAAAAUUAAAAACGUGCAGGGUCAGGUGGUUAACAUGAUGUUCAGGAAUGUUUCCCCGUCUUCAGAGAGCGAGGAGCGGCCUGAUGAGCUGUUUGCUGUUAUCUCUGUGGAGGAGGAGACGGGGAAGUUGUGGCUGACGGUUUAUGAGAUUCUACUCAAUGAUAAGGGCGCUUUGGAUAACACUAAAGUAACAGAGUUGCUGUUGAGUACUAACGUGCCACAAGGCAGGGCGGGCAUCACACCCGUCCUAGCCAUCCAGCCCUCUACCCCUGACUGCUACAUUGGAGUGGCGGUCUUUGAUAAAGUGUAUUUCGUUACGAUAGAGAGUGGAUGUUACAAAUGUGUCAGCAACUUCACCCUGCCAGUUGACCUCCCCAUAGUCACACUCCACAUUGCUGUUGACGAGUCAGCUACAUUAUGUGCCUGUGCUAGGGACGGUACCCUGGUCUUCUACAAUCCAAUGGAAGAUAAGAUGGCAGAUCCUGAUGGUCCCUUUAAACUGUUGGGUGAUGAAGAUGAAACUGGUUGUGUCAAUUGGAUCGGGUUCCCUGACGAUUGCGAAGACGGGUCGUGCGAAGAAUCUGAUAGCUCACGUGUGUGGACGAAUUUGGUUGCGGCAACAGACACCAGUAUUCUCAUACUAUCCCUUACACACUGGACUAUAACAUACCGGCUUGACUUGGUUCUCCCUGAGGACCAGGAUCUAUCAGGAAGAAUGAUAUACAGUUUAGAUGAUCGGGGAAGGUUCCUUGUUAUUUCUUCUCCGGGCUCUAACUAUCUAUACGUCUUGGAGCUGACCACCACUCAAGGUCAUUUAGCCCCUGAUGCUUUCUCCAGAAUGUUUUGCUACCCGAUGAAAAGUGGACUAUUUGAUCUUUCAAUAAGCCAUGUAGUUGAAGAGGAGGAACACAUCCAAGGCCGAUACGAGGUUAACUCUGGGACGUGCAUGCUAGUUCUGAUAGCCGUGAAUAAUGGUGGGAUGCUCAAAUGUAACGUGAAGUUUGAGACUAGUUAUACUACUACACACACUAUCGCAGAGUUGCAGUCAUCUCCGAGACAGCCCGUAGAGCCACCCUCCCAGCCUGAUCAAUCCUCAAUGGCUCCAGCGGUACAGUCUCUCCUCUCCUCAUCACCCAUCUCCCGGUCUUCCCCGUCACACCCCAUGCUUCUCUCCCCUAACUCCUUCACCGCAACUCCCCUCCCCAUAUCCAAACUCCUCCCCUCUAUCCCUACCUCGGCCCCGGCUGCUCCUACCCUAGUCUCCCUCAGUCAUGAUCUGCCCAAACAGGUUCCCAGAUCCAGCAGCUAUCAGAGCGCUCCUGACCAGGAUGAUGAGCUAGUUCCCACUCCGCUUCCUACUCCAGCUGGUCGUGACCAUACUGACGAGGGUGAAGUUGUUCGACCUACGGUGAAUCAUGAGUUUUUGGAUCUUAUACAGAGAGUAAUUAUUCAAGAUUCGGUCUUGGUGGAAGAUUUCGAUGCCACACUGUACGGUAGCCCGCUGUUCCGGGCAGUUACAGGUGAUGCACAGUAUCUGGAGAAGUUAGCUAACUUUUAUAGUGAGGCGAUGGUGGGGUGGCCGGAUAUUCAUCCCUCUGUUAUUAACCAGAUACUGUCCAAACACAUCAUCAUGGCUAAUUCAGAUCCAGCCUUCAUCGGAGCAGUAUGCGAAAGGCUACAGAGUCUUGGAGAGGACCUGUGCAUCCUGCUGAUGAAUCUAGUUAGCAGCAUGUUCUCAACACCCUCCUGGAGGAUCACAAUCAACCAGUUCACCGUUGUACGGGACAUGGUGUACGAGCUGUACCGGCACUCAAUACCCACCGCUCUCACCACAAGAGACAUGAUGUUGCAGCUGUUUGAGAAGCUUGUUAAGAGCCAUUUCGACGUAAUGGACGAAGGAGAGCCUGAGUUGGAAGCUGACUGGGAUGACUUUAUUCGGUCAAACAUCGGUAUAUUGAGAGAUUUCGUGAUAGAGAAAGACAGCACAAACUCCGAGUUCCUUAUCAAGCUACGUGACAUCAUUGAGCCGCUCAAGGACCUGCUCCCUAAAGAGUACGGUUCUCUCAAGGGACCCGAGGGACAGAACAAACUGAGAAUGCUCAUGGAAAGUUCUAGGAUAGUUCCUGAACCGUCCUCAGAAAGUGAGGGUGCCACCACCACCUACCAGCCCACCUACAACACCACCUUGAUGACCCUGCUGUCCUACCUGGAUAACACGGAGCAGGUGUCUCUGAAGGAGGUGUGCAGGCUGGUGGACCAGGUUACUGGGACUGCUGAUCAGGAUGGUAUGGGCAGUCUGGCUGGAGCUAUUGUCAAUAACUAUUACCCUAAAGACUGGUAUAAAGAUGUUAUUGACGAGUUGUGCGGAAGUAUGCCACGAAUGAAAGAAGUCCUGAUAGAAAGUCUCACCGACAAAAUCUUUCAAUGGAUUUCAUCUUACCAGAAUGAAUCUAUGAAUAAAAACAAGAAGCUACCCCUGCAACCACAUCUAACCCCUGCUCUCUACAAAUAUUCCUCGGGAACCAGCCCCCUAGAAUUCUACAUCCGAAGUACCCAACAAGAGCCCCUCCUAACCCUCAUCAACACAACCCUGGCAGCUCUGCUAGGAGAACCAGCUCAGGGAAACUCCGGACCCUUGUCACCUGGUACCGUAGGGGUGGUGCCCUAUGUGGGGGGUCUGGUGGCAUGUUACCAGGGUUACCAGGAGUGGAGGAGAGGGGAGGUGGUGUCCGUGCACGGAGAUGAGGAUGUCCGGGUAAAACUGGUGGAUUAUGGUGAGGUGAUCGCCACUAACCGGGCCUGUUUGAGAGCCCUGCCCACUUUCCACGGUGUACCGGGUAAAGCACACCAGGUCCGUCUCCAGAGCGUCUCCUGUCCAGAGGAGCACUCAGAUCGGGUUAUGCAGGAUUUCGAGAACAUUCUCCGAGAUGAGGAGUUGAGGGUUGUUCCAGGGGAACAUCAAGAUGGGUUCACUCCCGUGUGGGUUAGGUUGUCCGAUGGUAAAGACUUGGCCGAGGUUCUGAGUUUGCGUGGUCAUGUAGCUUGGACUGAAGACCUCAGCGAUCCUUUUGAGACUAAUCCUCUUUCAGCGGAGAAACCCUUCUCCCCAGAUCCCCUACUCACGAUCCAAGAUGAAUCACUGCUACAAGUACACCAUCUUCACCUUGUUGAUACUGUAAAGGCCGUCCAGAAAUAUCGUGGCAGUGAGCUUCCUCCUGAAGUUCGAGACGUUCUUCUUCUUAAGGCACGGAGAGUUCUCGGAGUUGAAGAAUCUGAUGAAACUCCCGACGAAGAUGUUCCAGAUCAGAAGCUGACCUCUCCCUCCACGAGUAACAGUAUCGCCCCCAUCUCCUCCCCCGACUCCGCCUCUCCACCCAUACCGUCCUCCCCCACCGUGGAAACUCUCCCACUUUCCGCUCAGUUCGCUACAGCCCAGGAGCCGAUAUCAGAACAAAUCAACUUACACUCCCGACCCCAGUCGACUGGUUCCAGUGUAGCCUCCUCCAAACCUCACUCACCCAAACCUCAGCCCCCCUCAGAGCUACAGAACAUGAUCAUACCUCAAUUCCGAUCAUUGGAUAUCCGAGAAAAGCAUCAUCAGGAGAGAGAACCAGAGCAGCUACCACCACGAGUUCAGGUAGCUGAUGACAGUGGCUCAGAGUUGAAGAGCAUCAUUGUGAAACUGGAACGGAGCAUCAAACAAGUAGAGAAAAACAAAGAGGAUAUGGAAAAGAAGGUAGACAAGUUACUACAAGAAGUAGGCGGAAGCAGAGGCAGAGGAUUCCAGCGUGGGGUAAACCUUCAAGAUGAUCUAGCAGAAUGUGCUACCCUUAUGGUUGAUAGGGCGUAUGGAAUCUUCAAGGAGAAUAUCGAGAACUUUUACAAAGAGGAAGUUGUCAAGAAACUUCAACACCAUCUAGACGAAAUACUAGACAAGCAAAACCAGAUGAACUUUGUAGUUACCGAUAAAAUGAAGAAAUCUGUCCAGAAAAAUGUGACCCAUAUCGUCAAGGCUGUGAACGAUGAGGUCCAAAGCUCAGUGGCAGAACGGCUCGCCUCUGACGAGACCCUGAAGAACAUGAUCCAAGUAACGUUGCUGCCCAGCUUCCAGCAGCAGCUGGAUUUGGUGUAUCGUGGUUUUACGGAUACUUUGCAGAGGGAACUCCAACACAACUCCCUGGCAGCUAGCCAGGCACGUGGUUCCUCCGAAGCUGAGAUCUCAGCGCAUCUAGACCGGUUGGAGGGCAUGCUGGGGAGCUAUGAACGAGCUCAAAACGCCGCUAACGCCACCAUCUGCACCAAGAUAGAGAGCCAACUGACGAGGUCAGUGACGGAGCUGUACCAGCGCCACGGGGUCAGCCCGCCAGAUAGACACAGAUAGGCUGUGCUGCUUCUCAGAGGAGGGGUUAUUUGUUAUCCUGCGUAGAGUGCCGGACUAUUAUCAAUUGACAUAUCACCUCAGAAGAGGUGAUAAUGAAUGUUAAUUUUGCUCGAAACUUUAACAUUUUUACGAGGGUAGUUUUUCUACGCCAUGAGUUGUUGUCGUUCUUGUGCACCUUUUUGCAUUCCUCGCAAUUGCGGUUAUUUCACUGACCAUUUGA